AUGUCUUCCGAAAUUGUCUCAUCCACCAAACCCUCGACCCCGGCGGUCGACACUGUCCUGGCCCUCCCCGGAUUUGUCUACCGCAUGCUCAUGCAUCUCGGAGACGACGGCGACUUUGACGCACAAGAUGCCACGCUGCGCUUACUGUGUACCCUGGGCAAACGCCACAUUGUGCCCCGGAUUGCCUUUAACAUGCUGUGGCGCGCCCUUCACGGUCUCAAGCGCGCCAUCGACACUAUGCCCCGUGAUCUGUUCGACGACAAGUCCCCCAAUCAGUGGAAGCCUCUGCUUGAGAACGUCGAUGUUACACUUGCUGAUUGGGACCGCCCCCUGUUCUGUCUUUGGCACGUGCGCGAGCUCUACCUGAACCAAGGGCCGGGUGGUCUCGACCACUUCCCCGCUGGCGACACUAACAGAAUCCUCGGGACCGUGCAUUGCAACAGGAUCCUCCUCACCCCCAACCUGCACAUUCUCACGUGGGCCCCGCCAAACAGUGCACAAGCCGACCUCUGGGCCCCAUACCUCCCACUUUUCUUCGGGCCCUCACUGUCCGUAUUCUUCAUGCUGGUCGACAACAGCCUCACCGUGAGGGACAUCUUCGACCGUCUUCCUGAUGAUGUUUGUAAACAACUCCAACGUGUUGUCCUCGAAAGCCGCAACCUCAAGAGCGCUCAUUGGACCGCGCGGGGCAUGACUCGGCUGCUUGGCCGCCUUCGCGAUGCUGAGUAUGUUUCAACGGACCAGCUCGGCCCCGACGACGCCGUCAUGGUGGGCUUGGGCAAGCUCGCAAAUCUGGCCUUCGUCGAGGUGAUCGCAAUGAGGGGGCAGAAUGUGCCGGUUACCUCGGACCCGCUGUUUCGCUCUCUGGAGCACCUCCAGGUGAUCGGCACCGAUCCCGAACAUGUUGCCGAUCUCAUCCCGGUGAUCCGAUCAGACACGCUCGAAAAGGUGUCGGUCGCUUACCUGUGUGGCACCGCAAAGGCGUACGAGCUGCUCUUCAAGGCGCUGGCCCAUGUUCCCUCGCCGCCUGAUCUCGAGCAAAUUUGCAUCAACGACUUUGAUCCGGUGACAUACCACUCAAUUGGCCGCAAGCGCUCGCCGGAGGAGCAUUUCGCCGCAGCGACGGAGCUCAUCUCCCACGCGUGCGCCAAGCCUGCUGACUAUGGCGUCCCGGCCACGAGCCUGCGUGCGCUUGCGGGGUUCUCCAACCUCAAGCGGCUGUUGCUUGUCCUCCCGCUCGGGCUCGCCGGCCUGACUGAUGAGCUCUUGGAUGAACUGACCCAGAAUUGGCCCCAUCUCGAGACCCUCUCCCUGCUCCCGCAAGUGUGCCUCCCCGUCGACAUCCCUCGCUCCCUCCCCAUAGAGCUCACCCUCGGCGCGUUUAUCGUAGUCGCGACCAACUGCCAGAACUUGCACGCGCUCGGCCUCGUGGUUGAUGCCUCCGCUCCCCCCGUCGGAGGAAUUAUCGUGUCCGACUCGCCCAUCCACCCCACCCCGCAGCCCGUCGCGCGCUUCCUCGCGUGUCUCUUUCCGCGGCUGUGCGCCAUCACGGCCAAUGCCGACGCGCCCGCCGUCUGGGGGACGCUGGCGGUGAUGAGCAACCACUUCGCGUGCACGUGGCACUGCGUGCAGGUCGCCCUCCCCGAGAUGGCCGAGAUCUGGGAGCGCGUCCCGGGCAAGAGUUGGAAGGACAUCGAGGUUGUGCAGGACGAGGAUGAUUUGCGCUGGUUGGGCGAUGGAGAGGAGGAGGAGGAGACUGAACUUGACUGGUAG